CGGCCCUCGUCCACUCAAUCUGAUUCCUGGCCCAGACGCGAAAUGGAAGCUAUUUCACUUUCAGGAGAUGAUUGGCAUCCUUGCAAUCUGAUCAAUUAUUAUUGCAUUUUCAUACCACUGCAGCUCCAGGUCCACGCAAUGCUUUUGUUGGCCUGUUCUCCCACAGUAGUUGCCUUUCCGCUCCGCAGGCCCUUUCCCUCUUGAUACUUCACCUCUGCUUCUUACUUAGUUGUAAGGCAUGAUCAUCUUUAAGGUGGCUGUGGUGCCCGUUGGAAAGGCAGGCCGGGCUCUUUCAGGCCAGUAGCCAUUGGCACCAUCUUGCUAUGCCUGCUCAGAGGCUACUCCGAAGGUCACCACUCCAAUGCACCCAAUGUAGUGAGCGACAGAUGGAGUGCUCAAAGACUCGCCCUCAGUGCGACAGAUGCAGGCGUCAUCGCCUAUCCUGUCGUUACGGUAAUUCGGUUCCCUCGAAACAACUCCGCCCACGCUUCGGUGUUCGAGCCUCCAAAGCCACCCCGUCCAAGGCGGAAGCUUCCUCUUCCUCCGACGACUCGUCCUCAUCCUCGUCCUCGUACUCCUCACCCUCCCCUCCCGCCCAACAAUAUCCUCCUUCUGCUGUCAGCCCCUCCACAUCCCAAUCCCCCGAGUCCAAUAUCUCCGAGGUUGAUCAGGAUGACAAGAUCAGGGUCUUGGAGGCUCAAGCUGGCAAACCGUCCGAGGAGCUGAACACCGAAGAUCAACGCCUAUUUGACAACUGGUGCAACUCGACGGAACAAUCCCUCGCGCACAGCAAAAGCAAGGACCACCCAUGGCAGGCCAUAAUCCGGCGCGAGACAUCCCAAUACCCUGCUUUGAGGCAUAGCACGCUGGCUCUGUCCGCCAUAGAACUCGCAUCUGCCAGUGAGGCUGGUACUCCGCAACGCCAGCGUCACUUGCAGGCGGCCGAAAGUCACUACACACAAGCCACGGAGAAGCUACCCAACGUCCUAGAAACCCCUACAGCAUCCGGGCCCAACGCAGCAUUCUCCACUGCAAGUAUUCUUUUCAUGUGCGACCUUGCGUCCUCUGUGCUGGCCGGAGAGGGCUCCAAGUCCGUUCUCUCGUCGCCCGACAACAAAACACCCACCUCUCAAGAGAGUCAUGACCCAUCACCCUCCUCCUCCUCCUCUCCUUCCCUGCAGAAGCUCCUCGACCUCUUCGACACCAUCAGAGCCUUACUCCCCAGUCCCGAUACACUAAUCAAAGUCGAAAACGACGCCCUGAAAGACCUUUUCACCCAGGGAGACCCAUACCACCAACUACCCAACACCUACACCCUCACCAUCCUCUCCAUGAAGAACCUAAACGCCGUCAGCGCGAAAAAGGACCCAGCGCACGAGACUGCCGUCUACAACGACACCAUCGCAAACCUGGACAACUCGCUCGAAAUGCUCACCAAAGGCGGCGAUCCGACGACCAUCGCCCUGCGCUGGAUGUUCCGCAUCCCCAGCCGCUAUCUGGAUCUCGUCCGGGAAGAACAACCCCUGGCGCUCAUAAUCUUCGCGCAUUACUGUGCGGUGCUGCACCACCUGCGCGACCGCUGGUGGAUGGGUGACUUGGGGGCGCGGUUGUUGAAGGAGAUCUGUCGACUGCUGGGGCCGGAGCGGAUGGGCUCGAUUUUGUGGGCCACGGAUAUCGUAGGAAUCCAGACGUAAUAUUGGCAUUUGGCGCUGUCCUGCUAAUUAGCGACAUGUUUUGCGACAUGAUUUAUUUGCGUGUCUAGAGGAAGAUUCAUCAGUUGGUUGUCCAUGAUACCCAGUAACAGUAAUCAGAAUGC